CUGGGGCGGAAAUGGCGUUGACAAACAGGAAGUGUGGCAGUUGGCCUGGAGAAGGGCUGUAGGGCGUCAUGGCGGCCUACGAGCAGGUCCAGAAGGGACCACUGAAGCUGAAAGGCGUGGCGGAGCUCGGCGUGACCAAACGGAAGAACAAAAAGAAGGACAAAGACAAGGCGAAACUUCUAGAAGCGAUGGGAACGAGCAAGAAGAACGAGGAGGAGAAGCGGCGCGGCCUGGACAAGCGGACCCCGGCCCAGGCGGCCUUCGAGAAGAUGCAGGAGAAGCGGCAAAUGGAAAGGAUCCUGAAGAAAGCAUCCAAGACCCACAAGCAGAGAGUGGAGGACUUCAACCGACACCUGGACACGCUCACGGAGCACUAUGACAUUCCCAAAGUCAGCUGGACGAAGUAGUCUCCCAGCCCCAGCACCUUUUGGGAACAUCCUUUUCCACACACCCUUGCAUUUUCUGCUGAGAUGGGGCUUUCUGAAGCUUGGGUACCCUCAUUCCAGAACUCGAUUAAAGUUAGACUGUCCUUCUACUCAUUGUCGGCUUCUUGGUAGCACACAGAAGAUAAAUGUUUUUACCUGAGCUGGAAAUUUUUGAAAGUGUAUCCCGAGGGGAAGGUAAUUUUUGUGUAAGUACCACGUGAGAAUGUUGUGUGUCCCCUACCCCCUUCCCCAAAUUGCAUUGAACCCCCCAGGGUCAGCCAGCCAGCUGCCUUUGCCUGAGUAAAACUGACUCCAGAGAGGGAGCUACUACCAGCACUUUGAAGCCACCUUCAGCUUGGGCUUGUGGUCCAUCUGGGCCCCAGGGACGCUGCUUAGAGCUCUGUGGCCUUCAGGCUGCUCCUUUGCUGUCUGGCCAGCUGGACAGCCCCAGCCUGGGAGGCAGCUGCCCAAGGCGAGCGUGGACCAGGCUGUCUGGUCCUUUUCUGAGGCUGGGCUGGCUGGCAGCCCCUUCCCCCAGCUCCCCGUUCCAGAUUCUGCUAACUGUGUUGCCAUGACACCUGUGGCAAACAUGGCCAAGCAGUCACAGCAACGUUUGUAGCAGAACCCAGACUCAGCCUGACUCACGCCCUGCGGCCCCUUGUGUUUACUCAGAGUUGGCAUGGGGCCUGUUGGGCAUUUCCGGCCUCGGGACACCUUGGGGGUGACAGAUAGACCCAGGUGCAGCCAAAUGGACCCAGGGGCAAGCACUGGAGAGCCUACAUUUACCAGUCUGGGAUCAGACCCCACACGCUGUUGAGAAGUUGCUGUUGACAUACAUAGUGAAAGAGCAACAGAGUGAGAUGAAAAAAGCCGAGUGUUGGACUUAAACUGUUGUGUGUGAUCUGCGGAAUAAAGCAAAAUGCAGUUAUGCCAUA